AUGCACGAACUAUGAGCUCCAGUUUGAAAGAGUGUUCUCUGUUCCCGGGGACGUGGCCAUGCUGAACAGCACCCUGUUGUCUCCAGAUGUCUUUAACUUCACCACCACCCCGUUCAACAUCACCUGGUACAGCACAAAGAGCGGACAAGAAAUGAGAAAUGUGACCGGUCAAGUUCUGGUAACUAGGGAGACUCUAUGGUUCCUUAACACCACUAUGGAUGAUGAUGGAGAUUACGUAACUGUACUGAGAACUCCCGCUCAGUGCUACAUGCAGUCCACCAAGCUGGUGGUAAAUAUGCCAAUUGAUGGAGAGUGUGGAAGGCCACUGAAAGCUUAUCAAGUACUCACAAAAGAUCUGUCUGACACCUUGCACUGCCCACUAAGGGACUAUAUGGAUAAACUGGACAGCUACGGCAUCAGCUCCUCUGUCACUUGGUAUAAAGGCUGUGACCCCAUACUGGAUGAACCAGGAAGGCAUACCUUCCGGGACAGGAACAAACUAACCAUAGACAGAGUGGAAAAUGAAAACGGUGGCACAUAUACCUGUACUCUGAUGUUUACCCUUGAUGGCGUAAAUGGAUCUGUAUCGGAAACCAUUGAAGUAACGGUCAGAGAUUCCUACUUUCUGUUACCAGAAAUUCAUGAACCAGGAAACAAAAUCGUCAAGGCUGUAAAAGGGUCGAACCUCACACAGAGGUGUUUAGUAUUUAUACCAGGUGUUGGAAUGCCAUUCGUUGAUGCCUUUUGGUUUGUCAACUAUACGUUCAUUCCCAACAAGCCAUCUGAACGAAUCCACAUGUCGGAGAAGCGUUUGUGGACUCAAGAUGAACCAAAGGGUGUGUGGUUAGAAAGGCUGCUUCUGUUCUCUGAACUGAGGGAGGAAGAUUUCCACCUCAAUUAUACCUGUCGAGCCUACAGUUCCCGAGGCUUUCCUGAAGGAUACUUCACUUUGUUGUCAACAGAUCCAAACAUCAUACUUCCCAUUGGAUUAGUUGCUGGUGGUGUGACUGUUCUUUUUAUCAUCACUGUGGCCGUCUACUACGCCUUCAAAAUAGACAUUGUACUUUGGUUCAGGAGGGCGUGUCCGGUCGUCUAUGCAAAUAAAGAUCUAGAUGGCAAGCUGUAUGACGCCUAUGUUGCAUGCCCCAAUCCUGGUGCCCUCGGAUUCAAUGAGGAAGUGGAAAAGUUUGCCCUGCAAAUACUGCCUGAGGUGUUGGAACAGGCCUGCGGCUACAAACUCUUCAUAGCAGGGCGUGACUGCCAGCCGGGGCAGGCCAUCAUGGACUCCGUGGACGAGAACCUUCAGGCCAGUCGCCGAGUUCUCCUGCUAUACACUGCCUCCACUUUCAAAAGAAACACAAGCAGCAGCAGCAACAACAAUAACAUUACAAAGAUCAGUGAGGGAGGCGAUGAGAUCGAAAGCACGACCAAUGAGAGCAGCUGCGAUGUGGAUGUUGAUGAUGGAGAUAAAGUCUUUUUGGACACGAGGCAGCAGCUGGAAUGUGUGGUAGCCAUGUACAAGGCACUUCUAGAGGGAUCCAUAAAGGUGGUUCUGGUGGAGUUGGAGGAAAUCAGCCCGGCUCAGUUGGCCCUCUUCCCAGAGUCAGUGCGCCAUCUGAGGAAGAAGCAGGGUGCUGUGUGCUGGUGGAAGGCUCUGCAGACAAGGCAAAGAUGGAGGGUGUGUUCAAAUUUGAGAAAGGAUGAGGAAAGUGGUGAAAAGGUCUCAAAAGUCUCACCAUCCCUCUCUCCUUCCUCCAGAUUUUGGAAAGAAAUUAGAUACCAUAUGCCAGUUAGAGGCAAAAGGGUUGUUUAUCCAGAAAAAACUGCCUUGUUAAACUUAUGACAGUUAGAUUUGAAUGAGUGAAACAGGUAAUGAACAGGUACAAUGAAAAAGUAAUGUAGUGUCCUAUUUGCGCUCUCAUUUUGCAACUUGAACAUUUCUGAUCAGUUAAGGAUUUUUUGCUGUGUAACUUGUGCUUUAACAAAACAAAAAAGCUGUGAAGAAAAAUCAGAGGCUGCUUUCCUCAGUGAAGCGGUUUAUCUGUCCAAAGUUUGCUAAAAACGAGUGCCCUAAUGAUUCUCCAAGCACUGGUGUAUAUUAGAAAUGUAAAUAGAAAUGCAAAAAUGUUUAAAGUAUUUGUAAAUAUUUGGUUGUGUUUUUACGGUUGUAAAAAGAUUAUGAACGCUGUGAUAUUACGCUCUUUUGGUUUCAGGUGAUAUCAAAGAUAUUUCUGUAAUGGUUAAAAUAUUGGCUAAAAACUCCACUGAACAUUGUAUAUUUAUCAGUGUUAUACACUGUUAUAAAGCUUAUAAAUAAAA